GCUCAGGGCCAAGCGAACGAGGGGGGCCCGGGCCCCUCGGGAGGCUGCGGCCACUCCCCUCCCCCCCGGACCGGCGCGGCGGGGGAGGCGGAGGAUGGAAACACCCUUCUACGGCGAUGAGGCGCUAAGCGGCCUGGGCGGCGGCGUCAGUGGCAGUGGUGGUGGCGGUAGUUUCGCGUCCUCGGGUCGCCUGUUUCCCGGGGUGCCCCCGACGGCGGUGGCCGGCAGCAUGAUGAAGAAGGAUGCGCUGACGCUGAGCCUGAGCGAGCAGGUGGCAGCGGCGCUCAAGCCCGCGGCCGCGCCGCCCCCGGCCCCCCUGCGCACCGACGGCGCCCCUGGCGCGGCCCCCCCCGACGGCCUGCUCGCCUCGCCGGACCUUGGGCUGCUCAAGCUCGCCUCGCCCGAACUCGAGCGCCUCAUCAUCCAGUCCAACGGGCUGGUCACUACCACGCCGACGAGCACGCAAUUCCUGUACCCCAAGGUGGCGGCCAGCGAGGAGCAGGAAUUCGCUGAGGGCUUCGUCAAGGCCCUAGAGGACUUGCACAAGCAGAACCAGCUGGGUGCGGGCGCGGCCUCCACUGCCUCUGCGGCCGGGGGACCCUCGGGCACGGCCGCGAGCGCCGCGUCUCCCGGCGAGCUGGCCACGGCGGCGGCCACGCCCGAGGCGCCCGUCUACGCGAACCUGAGCAGCUACGCGGGCAGCACCGGGAGCGCGGGGGGCGCUGCGACGGUCGCCUUCGCCGCGGAGCCAGUGCCUUUCCCGCCGCCGCCUCCAGGCGCGCUGGGGCCGCCGCGCCUCGCCGCGCUCAAGGAUGAGCCGCAGACGGUGCCCGACGUGCCGAGCUUCGGCGAGAGCCCGCCGCUGUCGCCCAUCGACAUGGACACUCAAGAGCGCAUCAAGGCAGAGCGCAAGCGGCUGCGCAACCGCAUCGCUGCCUCCAAGUGUCGCAAGCGCAAGCUGGAGCGCAUCUCGCGCCUUGAGGAGAAAGUGAAGACGCUCAAGAGCCAGAACACGGAGCUGGCGUCCACCGCGAGCCUGCUGCGUGAGCAGGUGGCGCAGCUCAAGCAGAAGGUCCUCAGCCACGUCAACAGCGGCUGCCAGCUGCUGCCCCAGCACCAGGUGCCCGCGUACUGAGCCCGCGCGCGAGGCGCAUGCGCGGCCCCCCUUCCCGAGAGGCGGGCUCGCGUGGGUGGGUGGGCGUGGGUGCCCGGGACUCGGAGAGGGCGUGGCCCCGGGGACGCCCCCGGCUGGUGCCAGGACUCGGAGAGGGCGCCUCAGACUCGACAAGCUGGACCCCCUGCUGCCGGGGGGCAAGCGCAUGACUCCUACCCCGCCCGCCCUCACGCUGCCUGCCUCUACCCUCUGCGCGCGGCCACCCCGAGUUGCACAAACCCGCGUGCCCGGCUGCCCCUUUGUACGCACCGCCGCCGAAGAGGGUUUCGAGGGGGCGCAGCCUGAAGCCCUGCGUUGCCUUUCCUUUUACUUUUUUUUUGCAUUCGGAAGAGAGAACAGUGUUCGAUUCUGCCCUAUUUAUGUUUCUACUCGGGAACAAACGUUGGUUGUGUGCGUGUGUGUUUUCUUGUGUUGGUUUUUUUUU